GAAAAUGAAACUAUGACGCAAUGACUGAGGUGAGGCUCUCAGUGGCUGGCGGCGGAGCUGGAGCUGAAGUGAACCGUCAGAUGCAGCUCGCUCCGCUUGACAGCAUGAGCGCGCAGGUCUACUGUUGGGGGGACAAUUCCAGCGGGCAGCUGGGACCCGCCGGCCGGCCGAGACUCACACCCUGGUCCUGGACGCUCCAGGGGCCGGUGAGCCACAUCAGCUGCGGGGAGCGGCACACGCUGCUCCUGACCGCGGACGGAAGUGUGCUGGCCCGCGGACACAACUCUCACGGACAACUCGGCUGCGGCUUUGACGACGCGCAGGCUGGUACGUCUCGAAACGCCAGAUCAGAUGCGUAUAGGAUGGAAUUCCCAGCGGCCAUCGUGACCACAGCCUGUGGCCAGAACCACUCCCUGGCAGUGUUGUCCUCAGGCGGCGAGGUGUACUGCUGGGGGGCCAAAGACCAGGGCCAGCUCGGAAUCCUGCCGCACAAAUGGCUGUUCAGUGACAAACCCAGCAUCGUCUCUUUUUUGGCCCAAUCACUGGUGGUCCAGGUGUCGUGUGGGGACUCCCACUGCCUCGCACUCACUCAAGGAGGCGACGUCUUUUCGUGGGGCUCCAACAGCCACGGUCAGCUGGGUCAGGGGAAGACGGUGACGCUGGAGCACCAGCCGCGGCCGGUGCGCGCUCUGUGCGGCACCCCCGCCACCCAGGUGUCGGCCGGAGCCGCUCACACGCUGGUGCUGACGCUCGGCGGCCUGGUCUACUGCUGCGGCGCCAACCUCCACGGCCAGCUGGGCCUCAACAGAGUCGAUGCCAGAGGCAGGUUCAACAUGUGCCCGGUGCCGGCUCUCGAACCUCUUGCCGUCUCCGCCCUCAGCUGCGGGGAGUCCCACUCCGCGGCGCUGACCCAGGAUGGAAGGGUGUUCACCUUUGGGAACGGAUCUGACGGACAGCUGGGGAACAACUCCGCCUCUGACGAAGUCAGGCCUCGUCUGGUCGAGGGUCUGGACGGCCCCGCGUCUCAAGUCGCCUGCGGAAGGCGCCACACUUUGGUUUUGGGGCGCUCGGGCCAAGUGUGGGCGUUUGGCAAUGGGGACAAAGGUCAAAUGGGAAAUGGCCGAGCAGAGGGGAGUCGCUCUCCCAGUCGAGUUCCACUCCCGUGGGCUGUUGACGGGGCGGUUGCCGUGCCCAAAGACUUGAAGAUUGCUGCCGGCUGGAAUUCCAACUUCGUCUUCUCGUCCGUGGAUCAGCACCCUGAGCUCUGUCGGAUCACUGGCCGUCUUGACCAGAAGAAACUGCAGCGGUGGCUGGCGAUGAGUGACAGAGACGACCAAGCCGAGUGCGAAAUCAACAGGAUGUUUCUCUCCAGCUCGAGCCUUGUUGCAAGUUUCACUAAAGAAAGCCCUGCUCCGCCAGAAGAGGGCGCCAUAACUGUUGACUUUGAGGCUGCGGCGCAAACCUUCGAGCAGAUGCUGGCUGUGCCUUGGAUCAACAGCCUGGUGAACGCGUUCCCCGUCCUGCACGAUCUCAAAACGUCUGCGGCCACACUCCGGUCCCCUGAGGUCAUCAUUCUCCUGCUCUUAUUUCCUCCCCUGGCGGACAAGGCCAACGUGAUGAAGAUGACCGCGUCUGUGGCAGUGACCAUCUCUGAGCUGAGCCAGAAGACUAGCGACAAGCUGAAGAGCCACUGGAGGUCGCUGUCUCAGCCCCUGUUCAUGAAACAGCUGUCGGUGUUGAAGAACGCUCUCGUCUGCCUGGUGCAGUUGGGUUUCCAGAAGGCGCCGAGGGUCAGAUGUGUGCUGGAGGCGCUGCAGCUUCUGUACCAAGCAAAUAAGACUGGGAAAUCGUACAAGGUUCCCCUGAGCAUGUUUCAUGUGGAGGAGCUGGCUCUGGACCUGUAUGAAGACGUUAUCCAGUGGUUACUGCCCCCGGAGGCCGGGGACGACAGCAGCGCCGCCACCGUCUUCUGCCAGUACCCAUUUGUUUUCAGCCUCCAUCGUAAAGGGGUCGUGUUCAACAUCUGCACAGACGUCUAUAAGAGGGACCUUCUCCUGCUGGACAGACCUGUGGAACCUGCUGCACCCCCGGACUCCCAGCUGUCUCUGCGCCUUCUCUGCCAGCUGUGUGUGCGCCUGGUGUACCCGCUGACUCUGCGACAGUACUUCCAGCUGACUCUGCGACGGCGCCACCUUGUGGAGGACACCUUCAGGCAGCUGCGGCACGCGGACCACCACGCAUUCAAACGUGAACUCGGGGUGGUGUUUGUGGAGGACAGGAACCCGUCAUAUCUAAACGUCAAGGACUUCUUCUACGAGAUCUUCAAGGAGAGGAAGGAGUCAGGCAUGUACAAGUACAACGAGGAUGAAACUGUGGCGUGGUUCCCUCCGAAGCCAAAAGUGGCAGAGAAGGACUACUUCCUGUUUGGGGUCCUGUGUGGCCUGGCGGUCUACAACCAGCACAUCGUAGAUCUGCCCUUCCCGCUGGCUCUCUUCAAGAAGCUGCGUGGUGUCAAACCGACGCUGGACGACCUGAUGGAGUACGAUCCCGUCAUCGGGAGAUCGCUGCAUUGCAUCUUGGAAGAAUAUGGCGACGCAAAGCUGGAAGAGACGGCGGCGACGUUCACGAUCCACUGGGCUGGAGAGACCGUGGCUCUUGAUCCCAGCGAGCCGGACAAAGCCGUCACGCCAUCAAACAAGAAAGACUUUGUCGCCGCCUAUGUCGACCACGUCUUCAACAAGUCUGUGGAACGGGUGUUCGAGGAGUUCAAGACCGGCUUCUACAAGGUGUGUGACUACAAGGUGGUGGCGCUGUUCCAGCCGGAAGAGCUGCAGAAGCUUGUGGUGGGAACAGAGGACUACGACUGGGCCACCUUCAGGCAGAACACGCUGUACCUCGGAGAGUACCACCAGCAGCACCCCAACAUCCUCACCUUCUGGAGGGUCUUCGACAGUCUGACCGAAGAACUCAAGAGGACAUUCCUAUGGUUCGUGACCGGGUCGGAGCGGGUCCACUACCUGGGAAUGAAGACUGUCCAGAUGAAAGUUGAUGUUUUGCCAGACUCGGUCGACAUCCAUCGCCCACAGUCGCUCAUCUGCCAUUAUCUUCUUCGGCUGCCCAUCUACCCAGGGAGCGAGGCUCAGGAACAAAUGCACGAGUGGCUCAUUGAGGCUUUGUCGACCAAGAAUGAGAAGCUGCCACAAGAGUGAUUUCAUAGUUUCACACUGGACACGUUUUACUCUCUCGUACUGCAUAUUCACACUUCAUGAUUUAAGACAGGGGUCUCAGACUUGCGAACCGGGGGCCAUUUGUGGCCCUCAUGAUGCAACUUAAGCGCGGGUGUGGCCCCAUAUUGAGAGGACAGUAGUGUGUGUGAAUGGAAAACACCAAAUACCAUAGUUUCCACAGUUUCCACUGUUUUCUGAACCCUGCGGCUCAUGGGUAAACAAGAUCUGUUUUCCUUCUUACAUUUAGUGGGCAGGGCUAACAUUCUGCUGCACUCUACCAUGCAGAAUUUACACUAAAUCAGUCCCAUUUAACAUGGGGAUGGUGGACUUCUACAGUUAAGAGUCUGUUCCACAGAUCUUCACGUGGCCCCCACUGACUCCAAAGUCCACUAACCAUCAACAAGAACACAUCACUACAAUGUUCACCAAUUAUGCUGCGAUUAAAUUGCUGACCCCCAGGCCCCGGUCAGUCAAGCUUGAGACCCCUGGUUCUAGACGAUACUAUACUAUACUAUCACGACUAGGAUUGUUUUGAAUUGAAUCGAUCGUUUUUGAAGCCAAGUGAAGCAGCCCAGUGUUAGUGUUACACUGCGGCUGCAGCUCUUGGGAAUAGUUGCAGAGAAUGUUUUGCUUAUUCUUGGACCUGAACCUCUGACUUGAAAUGACCACGAAGGAGAUUUGAAAUGUCACAUUUAUUCUUCUUACUUUCAAUAUGAAAAGCAGUAAUAAUUUACUCAUCGUUUUAAAAAUGUACAGCAACAUUAAAGGAGGAGGUCGACGCGU